GUGUGCGUGACGCGUGUUUUGCCACCAUGAGACAGAAACACCGCUGGUUACCCGGACUGUUCCCCUGCUGACCUUGUCAUCGGUUUCGUGAGGAGACACACACACACACACACACACACACACACGCGCGCGCGCGCGCGCGCGCCAAAAGACCAGGAAAGGCUGUGUCCGGGCCCCUCCCCCAGCGGCCUCCUCACAAGGGGCGGAAGCCGGUACCGGCUGGAAGAGGGGGUCCCAUGCGGGCCUCCUGGGGACGCUGCCUCCCCGGCCCGGGGGCAGCGGUAGUCGGCAGCACCUGAGGCACCCCCCACCCCUCGUCUCCUUCCCCAGCCGCCAUGGUGUGGACGGUGGGCAUGGCCAAGCUGGACCCCUCCUCCCAAGGAGCCCUUCAGCUGCCCUACGACCCAGAGAUGGAGGAAGACUCCUAUGACAGUUUUGGGGAGCCCUCGUACCCCGAAGUCUUUGAGCCCCCGCUGCCUGGUUACCCCGGGGACGACUUGGAGGAAGAGGAGGAAAGGGGCGUGAAGCUCGGCCUGGGGGACUUCAUCUUCUACAGCGUGCUGGUGGGCAAGGCAGCGGCCACGGGCAGCGGCGACUGGAACACGACGCUGGCGUGCUUUGUGGCCAUCCUCAUUGGUCUGUGUCUGACCCUCCUGCUGCUGGCCGUGUUCAAGAAGGCGCUGCCCGCCCUCCCCAUCUCCAUCACCUUUGGCCUCAUCUUUUACUUCUCCACGGACAACCUGGUGCGCCCUUUCAUGGACACCUUGGCCUCGCAUCAGCUCUACAUCUGACGGCGGGCCGGGCGCCGUGGGCUGGCGGCCCUGGGCAGGUCGUGACGGGUGCCCCCGCGUAGUGUCCAUAUGUCUCUG